AUGGGGCUCGAAAAUUUAAUUCUUUUGCUAGUACUUAGUAUAAUUUUUAUGCCUGUUAUCCUGGUAAUUGGUUGCUUGGUGCUAGUGAUGACAUGCAACUGGUCAAGGAAUUUCCGAUCAGGAUAUGUUAAACUACUAUUGAAGGUCUUUCAGUAUGGAACUGGUAGGAUAGAAAUUGCUGAGCAGCAAAAGAAACUAGAGACCAAUAAAGGAAAGAAUGGCUAUGCAAAUGGAAAUGUUGUGGAAGCAGUGGAACAAGCUGAGGACAAAUUAUCAACUGGACAUGCCAUUAUAAAAUCUUCAGCAAUGUCCAAGGAAGAUCUAGUACUUUUACCUAAUGGAAACUCAUCUCCAAAGACACCCUCCAUCCCCAAAAACAGAUCAUUUAACAGUUUGAAUAAUGAUUUUAUUCUAUCUGACUGCCUUGACUUUGUUCAUGCGGGGGUGGAAGCAAUCAUUGAGGACGAAGUUACAGGAAGAUUUGUAGCUGAAGAACUAAAGUCUUGGAAUCUUCUUACUCGCACAAACCGCCACUAUGAGUUCAUCAGUGUUCGCCUUACUAUUACUUGGAUUUUGGGUUUCUUUGUACGCUACUUCAUUCUUCUACCAAGCAGAGUUACAAUUUGCUUUUUAGCUGUUAUUUGGUUAACUUUGUGCACAGGACUGGUUGGCUUCCUAAAUGAAGGUCCCAUGAAAAGAGCCAUUUAUGAGAAGGUUUCAACAUGGUGCUUCAAUUUUCUAUCAUGCGCGUUAUCAGCCGUCGUCACUUUUCACAAUAGAGAGAAUAUACCUAAGUGUGGUAUUUGUGUGGCGAACCACACGACUCCGGUGGACGUAAUGGUUCUCCACUGCGACAAUGCGUAUGCGCUGAUUGGCCAGCGUCACGGUGGAUUUUUGGGCAUUAUUCAGCGAGCUUUGGCUCGCGCUUCUGCUCACAUUUGGUUUGAACGCUCCGAAGUCAAAGAUCGUGAAACUGUUGCUAAAAGACUAAAAGAGCACGUUGACGAUCCUGAUAAGUUGCCUAUUCUUAUUUUUCCCGAGGGAACCUGCAUCAACAACACUUCUGUGAUGCAGUUCAAAAAGGGCAGUUUUGAAGUUGGCAGUAUUGUUUAUCCUGUCGCAAUUAAAUACGACGCAAGGUUUACCGACGCAUUUUGGAAUUCUAGUCGCCACUCGAUGAUUCAAUAUCUCUACAUGAUGAUGUCCUCUUGGGCUUUGGUCUGCGACGUUUGGUACCUACCACCCAUGCACCGUCGACCAGAAGAAAGUGCAAUUGAUUUCGCCAAUCGAGUCAAAGCAGUGAUUGCAAAACAGGGCGGCCUAGUAGAUCUAGCUUGGGAUGGAGCACUAAAACGUAUGAACGCCAAGAAAGAAUGGAAACAGAAACAACAGGAAGAAUUCAGCAAACGAUUGAAAGUUGAGUGAUUCUCGUCUGUCGGCCUGGUGAACGUUGAGAGGAAAGAAAUUUGUUUUACGUUUUGUUUAUUUUUUUUUAAUAACAAUUUUGUGUUGCGAUGGAAAUUUGAUGCAUCAAGUACCGAAUGUUAGUGGUGUAGCGCCAUUGGUUUUUUUUUUAGGUCGUAGCCGGGCCACUCUUCCAAAAAAAAAGUGAUGCGUUAAAAUGGAGAUAACGCAUUCGUUGUAUUUGUGUUUGUCCAUCUUUCUCUCAUUGUUUUUUUUUUCUCUCUUUCAACGUUCUCGCAAAAGAAAAUAAGCAAAUAAUUUCUGGUUGAUAACGACCGAGCAUACAUAUAGGCCUAUCGAUAUUUCUCAGACGAGAUUUGCUCUGCUCAUUUCUGAAUCGAAUCAUUGUUGUGAAUGCGUGUUUCCUAGAAGUAAUGGUCCCUAUAUCUUUAAAAAUUCCCUCUUGGUUGAUGAAUGGUGGCCCAGGUGAUCUAAGUCAUUGAUGUGGUUAAAAGCUUGUGGGGAGGGUUGACAUCAUUUUUCCAUAUGUGUUUUCUGUUCGAUUUACUUGAUGUUCUGUUGUUCUUUGGUUUUUUCGUCGACUUCGAUGUUCUCCUGAUGAACACUGGGUAUAUAUACACACAUAUAUAUGCGA